AUGAGAGUAGUGAUCUGGAUUCUUGCAGCUCAAAGACAUUAAACUUUUUGUAUUUUAUUUUUUAUUUUUCAUAGACUCAAAUAGUACUUUCUUUAAUGUCUUACAAAUUACCAACAAAAAAUUACAACAUCAGAGAUUCACACCCAUUUGAUGUUGGAUGCCUAUGCAUAACUUGAUUUCUGCAGAACUUUCAAGCAGAAAGAUUCAGAGCAGAAUCACAUCUCGGACUUGGAGAACACCACCCUCUGAAGAUCGAGUCAUUUUGAGGUAGUGGCUCCAGGACAGAGCAGCAAAUCAUCCAAGGUUCAGCAUAGAGGCCGUUAUCUUAGCUCUCUAAGAUGACAGAGCCAACAACACGUCAAGCUCAGGAAAUUCUCAUUCACGAUAGGAGGCAGACUGGAAAAAAGGUUGUUGCCUAUGAAGAGGAUGAGCACUUCCUUGUUCAUGGGUUCUAUCACUUCAAGCAUUUCCCCUGUGACAGCCCAGUGCGUUUCAUGAUGCACUCCCCUGCAAGUCAUGCCUUCAUCAGCCUCCACGAGAACAACAAAGUAAGCUAUUUCAGACCUAAGUGCCCCAAGGAGACCAUCUGGAGAAAACUGCCCUUUUUGGGCCUGACCACAACAAAGAUCCUUGGAUGGAUGGUAGGCUGGGGCCCCGGGCCCGUCUUCACUCUCCUGGACAACAAAUUGCGGCAUUUGGCUACUGCGGACGACGCUCUUGAUAUUCGGCUGUGUGAGGCGGCGGAGCAUUCCUGGGAGCUGGUGACUGCAGGCUUUGGGAAUGUGUGUGUGUGGUCGGUGUUGCUCAUGAGGUGCAGAGUGAAGCUACAGGAAGGGCUGCAGCAGAGAGCUUUCACUCACAUGGCAUUGGCUCCUCCACAGAAGAAUAGGCCUCACUGUGCCUUUGUUGCAUGUGGAAUGGAUGUGACUGUGAUCAACCUUGAUGAUGGGAUAGUUCUGGAUCACCAGGAAAAACUCUGUCUAAGUGAAAUCACCGCAAUGUUGUUCUGCACCCAACUUGACUGUUUGAUCAUCGCUUUCCAAGAUUGCACCAUCACAGUCUGGGGUUUUGACUGGGUUCCGCGUGUGACUUUUUUUGGACAUGAUGGUGUGGUGAAUUCGCUGUACUAUUGCUCCAAAACAAACCUGCUGAUCUCAUGCUCUGCAGACUGCACCAUGCGUAGCUGGGACGUAAAAAACAACUUGGCAAUCGAUUGUUUCCACACAGAGCAGAACCACCCACCACUGUGUUUGGGGGGCAUAGAGAACAAACACCCGUUUUUCUCUUUUUCAGACAAAGGUGUGGAUCUUUGGUUUCUAACAGAUUGGUACAGCCUCUACACAAAGUUCAAAGGGAAUGAAGACAUCGCAUUGAAACAAAUCUUAGUCUCACAUUUGCCUCCUUGCUACCCAACCCGAGUGACUUGUGUCAGUGAAGAUGAUCAUAUCUAUGUGGUUUCUGCUGGAACAGAAGAAAUACUUACUUCCUUUAAGGCAGGAAAGAGGGUAUUAUGUGCUGCCUACUGCCUUCAAAAAGAGCUUUUGAUUGUCUUGACUAAGGGUGGUACCUUACUUCAAGUCGACCCACUCGCUAAUCCAGCCACUUUGAUUCAAGAAUGGGAAGGCAGAGGCCAGGCUCUAUGGACAAUAUCAGAAUCUGUUGGUAAAAAGGAUCUCCGCAAUCUGCCGGAGCCCGGCCCGGCCUGUUGCAUGGUGAUUUACAGCUCCUUGGGAGACCCUGAGAAGGCUUUAGAGAGGUGGAAAAGUUUACAAAGUGAGAGAAGCAGCAGUCAGAAGGACAGCAAACAUACUGAUCAUUUCAAGAAUCGAUUUUGGGUUAUCAUUGGUCAAAGUGGUGGCUGUGUGAGUGUCCUCACAAUAGAUGAUGGGACGGUCCUGUACAGAACCCCCGCACACAACGGCAAGGACGUCACAGCAGUGAAGGUCUAUCCGAAAUACAACUACCUCCUCUCCUCGGGUGCGGACUUCACGGUGGUGGUGUGGAAAAUUCACCCCGAUGCUGCAGCGUGUCUAACCCCUUGGCAGACGGUGAUAUGUUAUGAGCCUCAGCUCUACCUGGCGGCGCUGGAGCUGCAGGUGGCCCUGACGUUUCGAGAGCCUAGCGGCAACUCCUACAGCCUACAACUCUACCAUGUGGAAAACCUGAAACGAGCAGAAUGUCAGAAAACAAAUGCACAUAUAGAUUCCCUCACAGGAGUGUGCGCGAUUCCUGAAAUAAAGGCAUUUGCUUCCUGCAGUCUGGAUAAGACAGUGCGCAUCUGGAAUGAAAAGAAUAAGCUCAUCUGGGUGCAACAGCUUGUGGCAGCACCUCAGUGUAUGGAAUACAGUGGAAACGGGGAACUAUUUCUGGGCAUGAACGGGGACCUGUACAGGCUAGAGUUUGCACACUUUCUACCAAAGAAAUGCCAACGAACGCUUCACUGCUACCGUUUUGAAAAUGUCCUUUCUGAGCUGCCUAUUCCUGAGGUUGAAGAAACACCUGUCACAGCCGACAUGCCAACUGAUGAGGCAGAAAAAUUACAGGAAGCUAUCUACAGCAAUGAGAUAAUAAACGUAUACCUGGAGGAGGACCAGUUGACGUCAGCGAUCAUAGACAUGGACCUGAAUGCUCUAGUAAAGGGACAAGUAAAUUGUACACAAAAGAAAACUCACAGUACGAAGCAAACUAAGAAAGACGCCUUCGACCAAUACAUGCAUGAGUUAUACGGAUUGUCACCUUGUGAGCAGACUGACAUGGAUGAUGAUGACUUUGAAGAAAUGCUAAUGAACUCCAGAGCAUAUUUAAUGCGAACCUUGUACGCUCCAAUGCCAAAACCAAUGGUCGUUCCUACGACCACUGAAGCGUAUGCGCGAAAACAGAUUGCGAGGACAAAGGUGAUCAAAAAGGCUCCCGUGUUGAAAGCUGUGCUUGCAAAACAAACAAAACAGACCAAAAUGGAAAAGGUUAGAAAGGUCAGCAGUCCAGUGGAGUCAAUCCUCCAGUCUGACUGGUGGAAUCAGAAACAGAGAGCAAAAUCUCUUCGUGCUUCUCUACUUAAGCCCCCGGCACUAUCGCAACUCCAGAAAAUCUCCAAAGAUAUUCCAUCAUUCCUCACUCGGUUUUCAAGUAUGGAAUGGUUUUCAGAUCUGUAUCCUGACAGAAAGUCUAUCUCAAGCAACAUUUCUCCUGAGGACGUCUUCCUACAGAUACUAAAUUACUUGCAAAACUCGGCCGGCAAAGCAAACUCCAAGGUCCUUGGAGCAAUUCAAGCAGCGCAAAUCCUGCAAAGCCAGAACCUCUUUGAUGUCACAGAAAAACAGUACGCAGACCUCACCGACGCCUGGGAGAAAUUCAUACAGCCAACGAUGACAAAUCAAUCACGCGAUGUGGUUGUUGAGAUGUUAAAUUUGUUGGUGGAUUUGAAGUCGGAAGUCAGUUACGAUGUUACGAAAAAAAUGCUAACUCUUAUGGCAAAUAAGGAACUGAAUCUCCAGAAACCAAUAUUCUGCGUCAUUGAGGGAUUGGGUGUGCAUCAGGCACAGCAUUUCCUGGAACUCGAGUUUCAAAACUGGGGUGAGGGACUGGAGGACAACCCUAACAAGACGGCGAUAAUUAACGAAAAAGCAAACUGCUGGAUGGAGUAUUGGACCUCAAAAUUCAGAGAUUAUAACCGCUUUCUGCACACUAGAACUUCACCGGAGUGGAAACAGCCUCCCUUCAGCGGAUUGGAUGUCCUGAAAUUUUUCUGUUUGAUUAAAAAACAAGAGAUCAGAAGAUCCUUCUUUAUUCCUGCUGCCCAAAAAUACAAAGUGAUCGUGCCUCAGGAGAAGUGGAGUUUCAAAGCAAUUCUUCGCCUGGGAGAGACACACACCAUGGCCAGGAAAAGGAAAAGGACAAGAUACUGUGUUUUUGAGCCUCGCUUUCCCAAUUGGAUCUGGCUACCUAUGUCUCGUGUCAACCUGCGUCCGUUUCACACAAACUUGUACGAGCGCUUGGUGAGGCUCCCUGACCGAACCUACUUCAUCCCUGAGCACUCUACAGUGGAGUACUACAGGCAAAAACUCAAAAAAAGGCCUGUACUAAUCACACCACCACCAUCCCACCACCCCACCACCCCACCGCCAACUCCUGAGCUAAAUCUGAAAUAAUUGAACAAUAAAUAA